AUGGCUCCAGCGGCUGACGCAGACGUUGAAGUGAAGAGUAUCUCGCCCUUUGGCCAGGCUCGUUCUACCGUUGAAGGCACUCCUCUUAGCAAAGAGGAAUUGAAGCUUACCGAUGACUAUAUGAGAGCCAGCUUAUAUCUUUGCUUGGGCAUGAUCUACUUGAAGCAAAAUCCCCUGCUGAAAGAACCAUUGAAAGUCGAGCACCUCAAAGCCCGACUUCUCGGACACUGGGGAUCGGAUGCAGGACAGGUCUUCGCCUACGUUCAUUUCAACCGUCUCAUCAAGAAAUACGACAUCGACGGGCUCUUCAUCUCUGGCCCAGGUCAUGGUGCUCCAGCAGUCAUCUCCCAAUCAUAUCUUGAGGGGGUCUACAGUGAAGUCUACCCAGAUAAAUCGGAAGAUGAGGAAGGUCUCCAAAGAUUCUUCAAGCAAUUCUCUUUCCCAGGAGGUAUUGGAAGCCAUGCCACUCCAGAAACUCCAGGAAGUUUGCAUGAAGGCGGCGAGCUCGGAUAUUCAGUUUCACAUGCUUUCGGAACUGUGUUCGAUCAUCCGAAUCUGAUUGCGCUGACUAUGGUCGGGGAUGGAGAAUCGGAGACUGGGCCCCUGGCCACCAGCUGGCACGGUACUAAAUUUCUCAACCCAAUCACAGACGGAGCCGUUCUGCCCGUGCUCCAUUUGAAUGGGUACAAGAUCAAUAACCCCACUAUUCUGGCCCGUGUCAGUCACGACGAGCUCAAAGCUCUCUUUAUCGGUUACGGAUGGACACCAUACUUUGUGGAAGGCAGUGAUCCUGAAUCCAUGCAUCAAGCCUUUGCUGCCACCCUCGAAAAGGCCGUACUUGAGAUCCGAGAAUACCAGAAGAAAGCACGUGAGUCGGGCAAAGCAUUCCGCCCACGCUGGCCCAUGAUCGUUCUCCGAAGUCCUAAAGGCUGGACUGGUCCAAGAAAAGUUGAUGGCCGCUAUCUUGAAGGAUACUGGAGAUCCCAUCAAGUUCCAAUCCCUGAUGUUGCUUCCAACCCGGACAGUUUGAAGGUGCUGGAGGAAUGGAUGAAGAGUUACACACCAGACAAGUAUUUCGGAGCGGACGGCAAACUGAUCCCUGAAUUGAAGGCACUGGCUCCAGAAGGAACCAAGAGACUGAGUGCAGCUCCGGUGGCCAAUGGUGGGCUGAUUAAGAAACCUUUGCAGCUGAAUGACUUCCGCAGCUAUGCACUGGACGUCAAGAAAGGUGGUGUGAAUGAAGGACCUAGCAUGGCUAACAUGGCCAAGUUCCUUCGUGAUGUCAUUGAGAAAAAUCCCACCAACUUCCGACUGUUUGGGCCGGAUGAGACAGAGUCCAACAAGUUGGGUGAAGUGUACAAAGCUUCAAAGAAAGUCUGGCUAGGAGAAUAUUUCGAGGAAGACGCCGAUGGUGGCAACCUUGCCUUUGAAGGUCGGGUAAUGGAGAUGCUCAGUGAACAUACUGUCGAAGGCUGGCUCGAAGGGUACAUCCUGUCUGGAAGGCAUGGCUUACUCAACAGCUACGAGCCAUUUAUCCAUAUCAUCGACUCGAUGGUCAAUCAGCACUGCAAGUGGAUCGAAAAGGCCUUGGAAGUUGAGUGGCGUGCGAAGAUCGCCUCUCUCAAUAUUCUUCUGACCGCAACUGUCUGGCGACAAGACCAUAACGGCUUUACGCAUCAAGAUCCUGGUUUCCUCGAUGUUGUUGCCAAUAAAUCACCUGAAGUGGUUCGCAUCUACCUCCCUCCCGACGCAAACUGUUUGCUCUCGGUCACCGACCACUGUCUCCGAAGCAGCAAUUAUGUCAAUGUCAUUGUCGCAGACAAGCAAAACCAUCUUCAGUACCUGGACAUGGAAGCGGCCAUCGAGCACUGCACAAAGGGUGCUGGAAUAUGGGACUGGGCAUCGAACGACCAAGGUGAAGAGCCAGAUAUUGUGAUGGCCGCUUGUGGUGAUGUGCCCACCAUGGAAUCUCUCGCUGCCACAGCUCUACUCCGAGAGUAUCUCCCAGAUUUGAAGAUUCGUUUUGUGAACGUCGUGGACCUAUUCAGACUCAUUCCUCAUGGUGAACACCCACAUGGAAUGACAGAUCGCGAGUUCACAGCCAUCUUCACCGACGACAAGCCAGUCAUCUUCAACUUUCACUCAUAUCCUUGGCUCAUCCACCGUUUGACAUAUAAGAGAAAAGGCCAGCAUAAUCUUCAUGUCCGGGGCUACAAGGAGAAGGGCAACAUUGAUACGCCUUUGGAGCUCGCCAUACGGAACCAGACCGAUAGAUUCAGCCUUGCCAUCGAUGCACUCGACCGGAUGCCUAACCUUGGCAAUAGGGGUUCAAGUGCAAGGGAGAAGCUGUUGAACGAACAGAUAAAGUGUAAGAACGAAGCGUUCACCGAAGGUAUUGAUCCCAAGGCCUUGAGGGAAUGGGUUUGGCCGUUUUAG